AUGCCUCCAGGUCUAAGGGGGCGCAUGAAGCGCGGCAAUGAUGGAAGGCGUCGAUCGGCCUCUGUCAAUAGUCGACCGCUGGUUCGGAAGCGUUCCACAUCUGACAGCGGCUCCCGCGGUCACUCCCCCACUGGCAGUGGACCAGCCUCGAAACGGCCUCGGCCUACCGCCUUCGCUGAGUCCCUGGUGGGUCAUACCUCGACCAGCGUGCAGCCUACAGGAGCCCGCAACCCCGCCGAGCAGGCAAACGCGGAAGCCGCCUCUUCAGUAGCUAUGCCGCUGACGGGUCUGCUUGCAAUGCGCAGCGCUUCUCAAUCUACGACGGAUGGACUGACGCUUCCAGGAUGGAUGCCAGCAGAGCAUGCCUCCGACCUCCAGCUCACCUCCUCCAGGGACACACUCGCCGCCGUCUUGACAGACCAUAGCGUAGUACUGCCGCCUCUGACCUCUACUUAUGUCAAUUCCUCGGGCGCUGAAAACCCUAGCUACAUGAGAAUGUCGCUGGAUAGCCUGACAUCUAUGAUGAACAGCAUGGAUGAACGUGGCUCUGCCAUGAACGUCGACUCUCCCGCAGUAGCCCAGCCUCCUCGUGAAAGUGCCAGUUCGCCCGCCACUUAUCAAGAACAGGCUAUAGCUGCGCCAUGGUCUCCAAACGAAGACAUGCGGCGCAUAGCAGCUCAAGAAGAUGGGAGCCCCCGGACACCGUUGGCAUCCCCUGGCAAUGCGGGGCCUUCCGCGCCAAGCAGCCCAAGCAGAUGCACCCGACCCGGCUCAUCCAUCAGCGACGUUACCAUGAGCCAUGCUGGCCAAACCGAAGCCGGGGAGGAUGGGCUAGAGCCUCUUGGCCACCUUGGAGGUGUCGAAAAUGCCCUUCAGUCCACUCUGGAUGCGCUGAGGGGUGUCCAGGCCCAUGGGCAGGGCUCUCCUACUGCCACCACUGUCACCAUCACGACAGUGUCUGGUGACACAGUCAAGACGGUCACUGCGACGAUCACUGCGCCGGCGCCCACAGCAUAG